GACGCUGCUCAGGAUCCGCCUGCAGUGCAGCAGCAGGGAGGACGGGGGAGCAGUGGAGGUGCAGGGAUGAGCCUCACUGUCAGACACUGGACUCAGUGCAAACUGCACACGGCAGCUGGUCCUCUGUUUGCGUCGAGCAGGACAGCAGCACAGAGAUGAGGACCUAUGAAGGAUCUCUGACAGCUGCGUUCACCGGAUGAGGAGCGAGGAGUAAACGUCCGCGGGCGGAUUUCUGAGCGAGCACUGACCUGAACUACAACAGCACCAUGACGGCUGCCACUCAGCUCCUGGACGAGAUGUGCCACCUGACGGCUCAGUCCCUGACCUCCAUGGACACGUCGGAGCACUUCAAGGUGCUGAAGGUUCUGGGCGAAGGCUCCUACGGCCAAGUCCUGCUGGCGGUGCACAGGAAGCGAGGGUCGCCCAUGGCGCUCAAGGUCUUCCCCCGCGAGUCCACGUCGCUGCUGUCCUUCCUGAGGGAGUACCACCUGUCGCUGUCCUUCUGCAGCCACCCGUCUCUGACCGCAGCGCUGGGAAUCGCCUACUUCACCCCCUCCCACUACGUCUUCGCUCAGCAGCCCAGUCUCUUUGGGGACCUCUACGACCUCAUCCUGCCCGAGGUUGGGAUGGAGGAGGACUCCUGCCAGCGCGUGGUGGCCCAGCUCUGUGGAGCUCUGUCCCACCUCCACUCGCUGGGUUUCGUCCACAGAGACGUCAAACCAGAGAACGUCUUCCUGUGUGACGCCGCCUGCCGCUGGGUGAAGCUGGGAGACUUUGGGAUGGUGAAGGCCACGGGCACCAAGGUCCCAGAGGUGUGGUACAGCUCGCCUUACUGCACGCCUGAGGCCGAAGCCGCUCGAGGAAAGGACGACAGCGAGGGCACGAGUGGAGGAACGGAGGCUGAGAGGACGAGGAGGCGGCCGUGGGUGCGUGUGGAGCCCAGCACGGACAGCUGGGCGCUGGGCAUCCUGGCCUUCGCCAUGCUCACAGGAAGCCACCCCUGGGCCCAGACGGCCAGCGACUGCCCGUCCUACCGCAGCUACCGAGACUGGUUUGACGGAGUCGCGCGCCCUGAAGACGAGCCCCAAACGCAGCGCGACGCCGUGACCCGGAGCGAGGCCGGGCCGAGCGCGAGCGAGCGCCGUCCAGCGCCUCAGUUCGCCGGCUUCACCUCGCUUGCCUGCUCCCUGUUCCGCUCGCUGCUGCACCCCAGGCCGCGGCUUCGCGGGCGCCCCGAGGACGCGCUGAGCUUCCUGGGAGGCGACUGGAUGAUGGAGAAGGAGAGGGCGAGGCUGGAGACGGAGAGGAAGAAGCAGAAGGCGAAGGGAGGCGUGAGGAACGUGUAGGCGAUGGAGGCGAUGGAGGCGAUGGAGGCGGUGGAGGCGAUGGAGGCGAUGGAGGCGAUGGAGGUGAGGGAGGCGGUGGAGGCAAGGGGACUGCAGUAGGAGCCUGAGAGCAGACUGUGGGCGUGGAGCAGCCUGAUGCUGAGGGAUGAAGACACAACAACCACAGGCCACUUUACAAAAAGCCCCCUGUUAAAUGAAAAGACACAUGCUUCUCAUUUGUUGCCGCGUUACUACAUCUGUGGCAGCGGGUCCUGCUCCGCUCCAUGUUUGUCCCGUCACGCUGAGCUGUAUAUAGACAUAGUAGUGUCCGGUUCCUGCGGCCAUAAAUGCGUGGACCGGCAGACGGCUGUUCGACAUAUUGGCACAAGCUGCGUUUUCUCAUUUAGCACUUUAUUUAUUCAUAACCAGUAUGUUACUUUAUAUUUAGCGCUUUAUUAAGUUUGUUUUUGCUGUUGAUUUCGUCCAUUAACCAUCUACAAUAAAGUUUAACCAUGAAAUGGACCCCAGAA